AGGAAUGAAACAGAAACGGGUUGGAGCGGAUCUGAGCCUCUCCGUAACGGUGCAGCGGCUCCCGCAAGCCCCCGCAAUCUCCUCCCAACAGCCUAAUUUAAUCAGAAUCAAACGCGACAGCGGAUCAGGUGACGGGCUAUUAAUUUUUCACUGAACAGGGUGUUUUGAGCAGGACUGCAGUUUGGACCCAGAGCAGGAAGCUGAGCCAGGCCUGCAGACCUGUUCUAUUUCUGAGGCAGCGCUCAGCAGCCAACAGCUCUUUGUGUUUAUCAGGCAGAUUUUUACAAACAUGACGGAGCAGCUGAGUUACACAUUACACUGCUGGGGAUGAGUCAGACCGUCCGGAGGUGACAGGAGCCUAAAGGUCACUAGUGAUUCUGAACAACAGGAGCGGUCCUUCGGUGUUUGUGUCCCAGAUUGGAAGCGGUACAAAGAGGAUGGCUCAACCUUCUCGGGUUACAUUGCAACACUUGAAAAUGUCUGGGCAGCAGGGAUGCAAGUUAUUGAUUAAAGCUGCAGGACCUAACUUUUAUAAAAACGUAUUUGUUUGAACCGUCUCCAUGUCAUAACAGUAUGGUAUGACACAGAUAAUCAAGCUCCUCCGCCUUCUCUCAAUGCUAACUACAAAACAACCAAUCAGAGCCAGGAGGCGGGCCUUAGAACGUCCCGGCCCCUCCCACUUUCCCAUUGCUCUCCGUUAGCCUGCUGUGAAUGCUAAGGCUAGUUAGCAUGGUCACCGAUGUCAGCGGAUAGACAGUAUUCCCAUAUUGACUUGUUUUUGGUACUCUAUAUCCUGCUUACUCGUCUUAUAAGGCUGUGAAGACAAAAGAUGUGAGAGAAUAUGUGAAAUGGAUGAUGUACUGGAUAAUAUUUGCCCUUUUUACUACAGUGGAGGUGUUUACAGAUAUGUUUCUUUGUUGGCUUCCUUUCUACUACGAGCUGAAGAUAGCCUUUGUUGUGUGGCUCCUGUCGCCGUACACCAAGGGCUCCAGUGUGCUGUACAGGAAGUUCGUCCAUCCCACGCUUUCCUCAAAAGAAAAGGACAUCGAUGAGUACAUCUGCCAAGCAAAAGACAAAAGCUACGACACACUGGUGCAUUUUGGGAGGAAAGGACUGAAUGUUGCAGCCACAGCUGCAGUUAUGGCUGCUGCAAAGGGUCAAGGCGUUCUGUCGGACAGAUUACGGAGUUUCAGCAUGCAGGAUCUGUCGUCCUACCAGUCUGACCCAGACCAGACAGGACCCAGCGCCGCCCAGCCCGCCGCAGCUCAGCACCGAACCAGACCCAUCAUCCGCAGCAAGUCAGAGAGCUACAAGGAUGUUGACAUGAAUGAGUAUGAGGUUCUGGGCUUGGAGCAGUUGGACUCUGCAGAGUUUCUGGCUCUGACCCAGUCCGGCCCGCUCUCCGCUCCCGCUCCGCCCGCCAGUCCUGCAGCUCAGGAGCAGACUGAGGAAGGGCCGGGGAAGGAGGUGCAGGCCACGUCGAGCUCCCCGCAGCUCAGGAUGAGCAAGAGGAGAGCUCCGGAGGUACGCAGCCUGCCUCCUCUUAGAGUCCUGAGGCCUCUCACAAGAUCCAGGAGUGCUCUUUCUUCAAACAAUGAAGCCAUGUGAAGCCGUCUCCUCCAGCUGCCUUCGCUGCAACGAGUAAAAAUACAGAAUGGCCAGAAGCUCCACGACUGAAGCAGCCCUGCUUUGGAACGCCGUUUUACCAAAGUGACCUACGAAGACCCCUAAUUCACAGCAUAAAUAUAUAGAAAUAUAUAUAUAUAAACCCCAGUGGCUCAUGAUGUUAAGAGGAACGAGGUUUGGUCGCUCCAUGCUGACAGACACUUUGCAUUUAAAUAUGUAUUUAUGUACAGUUUGCGUACUUUAUCUCAUGCUUUUGGUUGUUUUUAUAUAUCAGAGGUGGUUGCAUGUGUGUUCCUCGUCAUUGGUCUUAGUGUUUAUGAAUGUACUUUAGAGGAAAUCAUCACCAUGGAGAAGGAAUGAAACUCAAGCCGAGGACUCAAACAAAACACUGAUUUUGUUUUGUUUUAUUUAUUGUGAUUCACAAAAUAAUCCAUGCUUUCAUCGUCCACUUAUCAGACGUUUACCUCUUUCUCUCUCUGUGGGCCUUAAAGAAACAGAAACCCCAAAUUAUUUGCACUAUGUCAAUAAUAUACAUCACUGCCCUCAGACAAAGCUGUGGCUCAGUUUUCUUAUUAACUAUUAUUUUUAAGAGAUUGAUUUCCUCCGACUGUGCUUCACUACAAUCACUUUGGUUUCUAAAGACUGAAUAUUUCUUAAAAGAUUUAGAAAUUUAAAGGUGACUUAUUAUGAAAGAUUCACAUUUUGCACGUUUUUAUACUUCCAUUUAGGUCUCCACUGCUUCUUAAAAGAAUAAGAAAACACUCUGCCAUUUUUUUGGCAUUAACUUAAUAUUUUUUGGUGUCUGGAAAAGGAGCCGUUUGAAAAACCUCCCCACUUUUAAGUCACAUUUGCGUCGCGCUGUUACCAAGCAACCCCAGCCAAGCCUGGCCCUGUUACCUAGCAACCCCAGCCAAGCCCAGCCCUGUUACCUGGCAACUCCAGUAGAACCCAACUAAAAUCUCAUAUUUUCAGAAUGAUUACAUGAUACAUGUUUUGCGUCCCCCAUAGAUCUAUCCUAACUUGUUGAAGGAAGCAUAAUAGGUCACCUUUAAGGCUGAAAACUGCUAAAUGACAGGAAAUUUUAUGUUUGAAGUCACUUAUUGCUGUUGACUGAGCAGCUCUGCACACUCUGGUUGUUCCUCCUGGUGACCUGAGCCGCUUUUUUUGUAGUUUAUUCACUGAGCCCAAACCUGAUUUUCACUGUGUUGGUGUGCAGUAAUCUUACAUGGUUGCAUCUGUCUCUUUUACGGUGGUAAAAGUAAAAGAAGAAAAAACCCCAGAAGCCUCUCAGGUACAACUGUUCUGUUUACAUCAUUCACUCUGAUAUUGUAGAUAUACUUAUUAUGCACAUUAAACUGUUCUUUCAGUGGAUUAAAUUGUGGAAAAGAAGCAGGAUGUUUCUAAUCAUGUGUCAGUGCAGUCAGUGUUACUGUUGGAGAUGAUUUCCAUACAUUAAAUUUAACGCUCAAGCUUUCUGCAUGAUAUUAAUUUUUAUGAACAUUUGAUGAUUUUAUGUGAAGCCACUCUGGUUUAGUUUCUCUGUAGACACAUAAAAUAUAACGCAUUUGGGUUGUACUACAGAAAAUCUGCUUCCUCAGACAUUUAGUCAUUUUGAAAAAAUGAGGACACCCCGAGAAAUUUUUUUUCUUUUUUUUUUUGCUCUAAAAGAAGAAAAAGUACAUUGUUUUACAUAAUAAACACAGGGAAAAAAUUCCCCCAGGAUCUCAAUGAGACCCAGAUCUGCUUUAUUACAUUAAAUUCCUUCGUUUUCAGUCAGUUUGUUGUGAAUAUUCCGGUAUGUUUUGAGCCAUUUUUAAGUUUAAAAUGGCCCUACUUUAAAUUUUCCAUGAUGAAUUUAAUUAGUUUGAACCGGACAUUUGGUUCACGUCAAAAAUGUCCUCUCUUCUUGCAUCCAAAUACAGGGUUUCAGCUGGUUUAAAAAACUCAAAUUUAUGACUGUUAUGAAUGGCAUUUAAGACUAGUAUCGUGACAGAAAUGUACGGACGUCGCCCAGCCAAUAAAUGUGCAUCUACUUAUGAUAGCCACAAAAAGCUAGCUACUUAGCUAGCGGAGAUAUGCUAACAGUGAGAUGUCACUAACUUCAACAGUUACAGAACGCGUUGAAAACGAUACAGAAAGUACAAAAGGAGAAAUAUUGCUUUUAAUAUAAAGAGUAGCAGCACAUGUAGAUUCUGAGAGGUUUUUGAAGACUUAUUUUAGCAUCUUGAAAAAAGUCCGAUUAGACUUUCUUUUAGUGUUGUAGUUUGGUCGUCACGUAGAACAGGGCGGGGCUGGUCGUCCUUAAGCGGAAUCUUUGUUACAGAAACAAAGAUGGCGGCCAAAGCAAAAUGGGAAAGAAAAACUGUCCUAACAAGAGUCCGGUGUGGGAUAAAGAAAGUAUUUUAUGCGGUCGUUUUUAAAUAUAAACAAUCAACGAGCUCCUUACGUAAAAGGGGCGCUUAUUCAGCCGAACUGCAUGACAAACUGGUAUAAUU